AUGGCUGUAUUCACACUUUCUGCUCAAAUACAAGUUGGCUCUAAAGCGGCGGCACAAUUUUUUUAUCGUCACGCAAAAUUUUGUGCUUCUCACCAAGUUUUGGUGAUUGUUCUGGCAAUCCUUAUUGUUCUUCCUUUGUGUUAUCCCGCUUUUGAUGCUUACUAUUUAAAUCCUGUCAAAGACGUUAGCCAUGCAUUUUUUUGGGAGGUCCCUGCAUCUAGGUUACAGAUUUCAGAGGAAACAUUCAAUGAAAAACUUGUUGGCAAUCAAGUUCAACUUUCUUUUCGCGUAGAGCAGGUUGUUAUAAAAACAGUUGAUUCAGAAAAACAUAAAGGUGGUGCUGGUGUUUUAGAAAAAGAUUUAUUAUUAUGGACGUUAGAUUUACAAGAAAGAAUCGCGAAUACAUUUGUAACGUACCCUAGCCAGCUAUCAGAUGCACCCCUUUCGAGUGCCAAAAAAUAUUCACUUUCGGAUUUAUGUUUUAAACCUAUUAAUAGUUAUAAAUGUUUGAUUCAAUCGCCACUUGAUUAUUGGUCGAAUGAUGCCAACCGUCUUUCUUCUGAUUCUUCUAUUAUCAGAACGCUAUUAAGGACAAACAAAACUUCUUCUUUUGGAGUAUCCAUUCCUUUAAAUUCGGUCUUUGGAAAUGUCGUGUAUGAGAAAAAAAAAGUAGUUAGUGCAGACUCGAUCAUUUUAACUUAUUUUUUAAAAUAUAUGGAUGAUUAUCAAAAUGAUCAGAUAAUAGCAAUUUGGGAGGCAAUUUGGCAACAAGUCAUACAACAAGUCACAGACGAUAUUGAAACUAAUUCUUACCCUGGUAGCAAUCGCAUUAAAAGUAUAAAUAUGAUCAAGCGAGGGGGGCUAAAACAUCUAUCUUUUAGAGUUGGUCAAAAUAAAUCUUUGGAAUCUUCGGCAGAAUGGGCUCUUCUUCUGCUGGCGUACUUGAUCUUUUUUCUUUACAUCAUACUUUCUUCGGGUCGUCUUAAUUCCGUCAUGUCUAAAUUUGGUCUUGCCUUCUCAACUGUGGCUCAAGUGUUUGCCUCAUUAAUUAUGUCACUUAGCAUCUGUUCUCUGUUUGGCGUCACAUUAACACUUGUCUCCAUAUCUUGGAAACUAUUGCCUUUUGUUUUUAUUCUGGUCGGUGUUGAGAAUAUGUUUAUUUUAUCAAAUGCUGUAACAGCGAUCCCCACGCAAUUGAAUGUUAAAGAGAGAGUCGCCAAAGGUCUUGAAAAAGUUGGAUAUUCUAUUACAAAAACAUUAAUAAUUUGGCUCUUAUUAUUGCUUAUAUGUUCAGCAACAAAUAUUGAGUCAAUUCAAGAAUUUUGCAUUUUUACUUCGAUUGCCAUGAUUAUUGAUUAUAUGCUACAAAUGUCGUUUUUUAUAGCGACUUUGUCUAUUGAUCUUGAAAGAUUAGAAUUGGAGUAUAAUAUGUCCAAUUUAUUUAAUAAUCGCGUUGGAGAACCGGUUAACGACGAUAAAAAUGAUAAUCCGCUUUCAAAAACAAUCAUCUAUGGCCGUAGGAUCGGUAGUUCAUUAUUGGUACUUAUAUUCAUGGUAGCUGUUACAAAUGUUUAUCAAUCCAAUAUUGAUUUACCACCUUUCAAGCCUACAUUGAGCAGUUUAUUUAAUAAUUUUACUAUAGUUAUUCCUACUACACGUACAAAUAUCACAUUUUGGGAAACAUCAAAGGCAGUACCUUCUGAUAAAUUUUGGGAUAUUGUUAAUACGUACAAUGAAGGUCAAUUUGCUGAGAUUCUUCCCAUUAGGCAUUUAACAUUGAAUUAUUACCCUGUAGAACACGAUAUGUAUGUGCCGAGUUGGCAAUUUAUUAUAAAGUUGUUUAUGAGGGCUUUCGUUUGGAUUCUCAAAUUUAUUGUGUUUCCUGCUACUGGUAUAGCAUUUGCAAUAUCUUUCCUGGUAGGCUUUUUAUUACCAGCGGACCUGGUAAUUCGGGCUGCCAGAUUGUCAAAAAAAUCAAGAAAUGAUGUGAAUAAAAUCAUCUUACCGGCAUCUACACCUUCUGGAAAAUCUAUUUUAUGUGUUACUACACCACGAGUUGUAACUUUGCGUGGUCAUCACUCAGCUGAUGUUGAUUUACUUUGUGCGAACUUGAACGGCAAUAUAAUUUCAACUGCUACUGACAGGCAUAUUACGUCGUGGAAUGGAAAGAAAGGUAUGCAAUUACAAAAACUUGAAAGAUAUAUACGACCUUGUGAAUCAUGUAAAGGUGGUAGUACAGGAGGAAUGAAGAAUUGUAUUUCUUGGCCAGUGAGGGCAAUGUGCAUGAAUGAAAAAUCCGAAUUUGUGGCGGCCGGAUUUGAAGAUGGCGUAGUGCGAAUUUGGGAUAUAAAUUUAGGACAAGUUAUUUAUAUCUUGGGAGACACCGCUGAAGAUGUUGAACAAGUGACAUCAACAGCUAAUAAUCAUUCAAUUCAUUCAAUAAAAGAACGAGUUACAUGUUUGCAAAUUAUAGUACCGACAUCCCAUAAUUCGAUGCCUACUACCCCAACUUGUGAACACAAUUACUCUUAUAGUACAUCUAAAUCAAUAUCGGAUCAAAAAAUGCCUGCCAUACUUCUUGCAACUUACCGAAACGGAUAUUUUCGAGAAUGGGAUCUUGUUUCUGGUCAGAUUACCCAUACAGUUGCCACAAAUCAAAAGGGUGGCAUCAGUUGUCUUUUUGUAAUUGAUAAUGGCGAAGAUAACAAUAGAGACGAGUUACGUAUUUUUACCGGAGCACGAGAUGGAUCUGUCAAAUGCUGGGUUCGAACAGUUUAUGAUUCGGACAAUGAAUCUGAUGACACUAAUUCAGAUGAUAAUAAACAACGCAAGAGCAUGUGGAAGUUAUUCUACACAAUACCAAAUGAAUCUGGAAAUGCAAUUACUAGUAUAGCUGCUAAAGUAGUUAAAACUCAAAAGGAUUGUUUGGGUAUUGUUGUUACUGGAACUGCCGAUGGAGAGGUUAGAAUAUAUGAUUACCUUACAGGAAAAUAUAUAACGAGGUUAAGUUAUGGAAUUUUUGAAAAAGAGAAACGUGCAAAAGAUCGAGAAGAGCAACUAUUGCAGAAGCCAACAUUAUUUCAGCAGCAAAAUAAAAGUCGGAACCAUUCACGAAAAUCCUAUAUAAUAAAUCAAAAGGAAUUCUCUGACUCAGAACAGGAUUGGUCUGAAGAAUACGACGACGAUGAAUAUGAAUUUUGGGACGAAACUGACGAAACCGAAGAUUGUGUUUCACACCAGGGUGCGAUUACUAACAUUAUAAUUAAUCCACUUAAAGAGGAAAGCUGUCUAUGUGGAAACACUGAGGAAACUAGUGGAUUCUCGAUAACAACCUCUUCAUUGGAUGAAAAAGUUUAUUUUUGGCAAUUAAUACGAAAUUUUAUGGACUGUACAUGUAUGACCUUCCAAUUAAGAGAACCUAUAACCGAUGAUUACAAUAGUGAAGACAUCAAUGGGAGACCUCAAGAAGUUACUCAAUGGUUUGGUGCAAUGACAAAAUUUCUUGGACGCGUGAGUCAGCCUGGUGGUUCUGCAAUCGUAUUUCUUAGAGAAAGUAUAAUUGGAGUUAGGCGUGUUAAAAAUUCACAUACGUCCAUGAAAAGAUGUCAUGGUGCUGAAGGUGAAUGGGAACUCUGGAUUCUGGACAUUAACUACCCCCAUGUUAUCGAACAAGCAGAAGAUGUUGAUAAUUCUGAAAAUUACGAUGAUGUCGUUGAAUUCAAGGUUAAAGUAGUUCCAUUAGUUAACGAAAAUGAUUUAAUCACGGAAGAACAAAAAAAGGAGAAAGACAUAUUAUACAAACGACAAGAUCGAGAAAAUGUUGAGGAAUUGAAAGGAUUCGUUCGGCGACGGAGAGAUAUUUCAAAAAAUUGCUCCUUAAGUCCGACAUAUUCCUCUUCUAAUAAUCUCAAUCAGAAUCAUUCACAAGUUCAUAAUCAUGAAGAGGACAAUACACAAAGUAAAGUUAUGGAUUUUAGGCAGCGGGGUCAGAGGCAACGUGGCAGUAUAUUACAUCGUGUUUAUCCAAAUAAUAAUAUUUAUGAUCGAAGACUAUCGUCGUUUGAAGAAGAAGACGAAAUGAACGAAAUUCUACCAUUUUCCUGUAUACGACAAGUUGUCAAAGUUGGUGAAGACGGGGUUGCUGUUGCAUAUGGUAAUUUUGUAAAGGUUGUAUUAUUUGAUGAACUAAAUGAUGGCGAUAAUGAUCUAUAG